AUGGCUUACAUUCACAAUGUAUUGGUAGUUAUUUUCGUCGCAUUUGCAUUAUCCCCAAAUGUGACGGCCGAUUUGGUUAGUAACCUCUGCGCCGAAGCGAAUCAUCCGCCCAAAUGCUUGGAGGCGCUAAAAUCCGAUCCGCGCAGCAAAUCCGCGAGCCUCGAAGGCCUGGCGUUCAUCGCCAUCGAUGCAGCGGAUAAGUACGCGAAAACCGUGCGCGGCCUGGUGCAAUCGCUGCUCAAAUCGGCGAAGACUGCUCAGCUCAAAUCGCGAUACUCGUCGUGUUUGGAGAACUACGAGGACUCGAUUGAUUCGCUUGAUCGGUGCACGGAGUUUUUGAAGGCGAAGGAUUAUGGAAGCCUGGAUUCUUACGCCUCCGCGGCUUUGGAUUUUCCGGGGACCUGCGACGACGAUUUUGCCGAUCCGCCGGCCGAGCCUGGCCAGCUCAAAGCUGCCAGUGCGAAGCUGCAAGAUUUUUGCGAUGUUGUGUUGCUUGUUAGCAGCAAAUUGAGCGGACGGAAAGUCCAGUAA